AUGUGGCAUCACCUAAUUUUUUUGCUGCCUAUAGUAUUAUCAGUAUCAUCAAUAAAGGUACCAGUCGAUAAUGUAGAUAGUAAUGAAGACCGAGUUUCUGACGUUACAGAGGAAAUAAAAAGCACGCCUGUUUAUUAUAUUAAAGAAGACGGAAACUUGGAUAGCUAUCUGAUUCCUCCUGAUCCUCACAAGCCCGAUGAGGCAUUUUCAGACGUAUUGCCUACUCCUGCUACUUAUCUUAUACCACCCAUAAAAGAACAACAGUCAGAUUUCUACAUUCCCGCAGAACCCAGUGCACAGAGCGACUGGCUACCUAUACUUCAAACGCAAUCUCAAAAUAACAGGCAUGCUAGACUGCAAAGACCACUUCUUGAAACAAUUCCAAUUUUUAUGAAUGAGGGUAUACACGCACUUGAUGGAGGUCAAUUUAAUUUACCGAUUCCAAUACCGUCUACUCAACUUGUACCACCUGCAGUCGAUGCCGUCAACGAGUUCUUGACACCAAUAGUACCUCAAGCUGAACAAAAUCAAGCAAAUUAUGUGCCUAAUUACAAUUUUCCGGUUUACGAAGAUAAGAGAAACGGACCGACUCUAAAUCCACAACUUGAAUCCGCGGAUCCAACCCUUGCUUUACAUCUCUUACCCCCUAAACUUCAACAAUCAUUAAAACUUCCAACAAAACUGUACCCAAAAAAGUAUACUAAUGACUUUCGGCCAGUUCCGAUACCUUUAAAUCUCUCCUCCCAAGAAAAGGAGCCCCAGGUUCCAAAAGCAAACCCUGCGAAAUUCUUCAAGCCACCACCCAGUAUCGAAGAUGAAUACCAAUUCACACCUCCUGCCGAAAAGAACUUCUAUCAUUACAAGAAAGCAGAAAAUAAACGGAAAUUGAAAGGGGAAGAGGAAAGUCUAAAGCAACAUCAAGACGAUGCGGAUGCGGAAACAUACGGCGAGCCUACUUCAACUGAACAACAAACUUCGGAAACUAACUUCAGAUACCCCGGACGAAACGUAUAUCCUGCUCCAUUACGUCAGGAACCCCCGAAAGUACCCCCUCAUGAUGAGAGCUCUGCGGCAGCCCCCGGCUCCGAUGGUAGGACAGAGUUCAGAAUGCACGGCAUGAAGGGACCUCACAGUUAUCAAUUCGGAUACGACACUGGCAAAGGGAAAAAUCGUCAGUUUCGUUACGAAGAACGUGACAAUGAGGGACUUGUUCACGGACACUACGGCUAUAUGGACAAGUUAGGAAAACUUCGUAUUGUGAACUACAGCGCUCAUCCUAAAUAUGGAUUCCGUGCUGAGGAGCCCGUCGAGAGUACUCCCCAAACCGCCAAAGUUAAAUGA